AUGGCUUCACCGCAGAUGCCGAUGCUGAAGGUCACCGUUCUUCACUACCGGGACCAGUCGCACGAUGAGGAGACGUGGCUGAAAUGGUACAACGAGGAGCAGAUUCCUCGCUUCAUGCCGGUAGCCCUCAGGAACGGGGUUGACCGUGUCGAGAUUUACUUCACCCCGACCGCUUUCAAAGCACAGUUUCAAGAAGACCUGGACAAUCUGAAGGGCGGGUGUGCCGAGGGCUGGAAUAUGGCGCCAUAUGACGCAGCUGUCAUUUACUGGACCUCUGAUCCACAGAAGAUCCGCAACAUGCUGACGGACCCGGACUGGGAAGGCAAGGUGACCAAGUUUGAGCAAGGCUGGAUUGAUCAGACCAAGGUGGACGUGCAAAUCGGUACCCAGACGACCUUCAUCGAAGAUGGCAAGAUCAUCAAUACCACCCCUAAAGAAUACCCAGCUUGA